AUGAGGUUUUCUUUGUCACGUUUUGAUGUCCUUCCCCGAAGUGGGCAUCUGAGCGAAAUUAACAACUUUCCUGGAGUCGAUUUUCCUACACCAAAUUGCCUACUCUAUACGAAAUUUGGCGCCGUCCCAUUUCUCACAAAUGACCUUGUCAUCCAAUUGCAUAAUGCUCCAAACCUCACAUUUGCGGCAUUAAACUUUUUGCGAGAACGCCUCAAAGUUUUUCAGAAAUUUGGCAAGGGCCUGGCACAGUAUUCGGGACUUAAAAAUGAUCCGACUGAGUCACCUGUCACGCGUGCUGUUGAGAAAACAUCUAUACAGAUAUGGGCUGUGGGUGGCCGUCUGCCUGUUACAAUGGACCAGUUUGCAGACUGUGUCAUCAAUGCCGUGCCAGUUGCAUUUCAAAUGCCUGUUGAUAAUGAAACAUCUUUUCCGGAUUCUUCUCCUCCAACGAAAAAACGCUGUCAAAAGUCUGUUCAGCGAACAAAAUCCUACGCUGAAAGGCUCGACGUGAUUAUCAAGUGUGAUGAAAAACUUUCAAAAAUACCCGCGCUAGUAUCAGUAGCGGGUGGGAAUGAUCUUGAGCAACGCCUUCGUGGCAUUUCAUCUACCGAUUUUACCCGCGCAUCAGGUGUCGUAAUUGACGGGUUUUUUGUCGACUGCAUCGGGGGAAAUCGCGCUACCCACCUCGAAACCGUAUUCGAUGUCUUAGCAAAGAUGUGCGCCGAGUUGCAGCCGCAGUUGCCGCGUUUCCUUACGGGUAUUUGGCAGCCGGACGAGGUGGUGCGAGCCUGUCUGUGUGGCGUGGACGUAUUCGACGGCAGCCUGCCCUUCCGCCUGACGCGAUCUGGCAUCGCCUGGCUGUUCACCGCGCACCGCGACGGCAAAAGUCCCCACGCCUGGAUCCGAUUUCCCCUCGACCAGGCCGUCCUCGACACCGCCGAGGUCUACAGGCAACCGCUGCAGGCGGACUGUCCGUGCUUCGCCUGCACGCGACACAAUCGCGGCUACAUUUCGCAUCUGCACUCGGUGAAUGAGAUGCUAGCUCACAUUCUCCUAAUGAUCCACAAUUCUACACAGUGCUACCAGUUUUUCGCAGAUUUGCGGAAAGCAAUAAAAGAAGACACUGUCGACAGUUUCGCGGAGAUGUCCAAGGAGCACCACUUUCCUGAGGAACUUGUGCAAAUUGAUCUUACUUCUAGUAGCCUUCAAAACGCCGAUGACUGUUGA